GCCAGAAGAGGGCACCAGACCUUACUCCAGAUGGUUGUGAGCCACCAUGUGGUUGCCGGGAAUGAACUCAGGACCUUUGGAAGAGCAAGCAAUGCUCUUAACCGCUGAGCCAUCUCUCCAGCCCUAGGGAAGGGAUUCUUGAAGCACACUCAGAGUUUGCCCAUUUCCCCAUCCCCUGCUGACUGAGAUGCACAAAAUGAGGCACAGCGAGCACAGAGAGGUUACAGGCCUGAGCGGACACACAGCAAACAAAAAGUCUGCCUCUAGCUUAUGUCCGUAGCUGCUGCCUUAUCCAAUGAGGUCGUAGGAAGGAGCUGGUGACAUGCCAACCUCACAAGAAGCGGCUAUCCUCCAGGAGAGGCUGGCACCAGUGGAUGACGGACACUGUGGCCACAGUGUGAGGAUAAGAACCCCCAGGGAAAGACGAGAUCUUGCACAAGGGACUCCAGAGCCACGUCUGUUCUCUCCGGCUGGCCACGGAAGGGAGCCAUGGGGCCUCUCCACCUGUUUCUCCUGCUGCUGAUCACAGAGUUGUCCCGAGCCCUCAACACAACGGUGCUGCAGGGUGUGGCUGGCCAGUCCCUGCGGGUGUCAUGUACUUACGACUCCUUGAAGCACUGGGGGAGACGCAAGGCUUGGUGUCGCCAGCUGGCUGAGGAGGGCCCAUGCCAGCGUGUGGUGAGCACACAUAGUGUGUGGUUGUUGGCCUUCCUGAGGAAACGGAAUGGGAGCACGGUCAUCAUGGAUGACACCCUGGCUGGAACCCUCACUGUCACUCUGCGAAACCUCCAAGCCAGUGACGCGGGUCUCUACCAGUGUCAGAGUCUCCGAGGUCGGGAGACUGAUGUUCUCCAGAAGGUUCUGGUGGAGGUGCUGGCAGACCCUCUAGAUGACCAAGAUGCUGGAGAUCUCUGGGUCUCUGAGGAAUCAGAGAAUUUUGAGGGUGCUCAAGUGGAACACAGCACCUCCAGGAGCCAAUCAGGAGAGACCUCCUUCCUACCCACUUCCAUUCUCCUCCUCCUGGUCUGUGUCCUCUUCAGCAAGCUUCUUACAGCCAGCAUCCUCUGGGCUGUGGCCAGGCGCAGGCAGAAGCUGGAGUCACCUGUGGCCAGUGGGCUGGACUGCAGCCGUGAAGCUGGGCACCAGCUUCAGAUCUUGACUGGACCCAGAGAUCCUGAGAGAAGCCCCCCUGAAGUCCACCCAUGAACCAGCCUGUUUGGGUACUCUUCCCCCUGGAACCAAGACUUCUGCUUCUUCUAGUUUGGCUUCAGAGGCUAGGCUUCAGAGGCUACUUCUGCCUAAACCCGUUCUCUCCUAGAAGCAGGAACAAUCAUGCCAAAGCCCACCUCUCCCAGAAGCAAAAGUACUCACGUGUUUGUGUGCUAGAAGGUCACCUGUAAGCUGCUGGGCUAUGGGCAUUAAACACUCUCGCACACCAA